GCUGACAGCGGCUUUGCCAAGAAAACAAGCCUUCAGUAACUGUAUAAAACAGGCUGGUUUGGUCAAAGUGUCACUCCCUGAAGCUGAAAUAUCUGGACGAGAAAGACAGUGAGCAGGACUUUCAUCACCUGGCCACCAAGAGCACCCCCUAUCUGUGACGCUCAGUUCCCGGCCGACCUUCAGCCAUGAAGUUCCUUUACCUGCUCUCUGCUAUUGUCUUCUUGGUGCUCAUGGAUGCCCCAGGUUUCUCCCAUGCUCUGGUGACCCGAAAAGGGUGUAGACGCCGUGGGGGUGAAUGUCACUUUUGGCGGUGUCCCACCAAUGCUAGAUACCUUGACAAAUGCUAUAUUGGCCAUUGCUGUCAAAGUGGGAAAUUUCUUGCUGGUGAUAACCCGCAGGCUCGGAGGCCCUCUGAGGAGAUUUUCUGACUGAUUGUCUAAGCAGGAUCUCAGGGAAUCGGGCAGACAGCCACUUGCUUCUAAAAUCAUCAGACCCUGCUUCAAUGGAACCCUGAAGUGCUGCUGUUCAUUUGGGCUGUAAAGAACCUUGUCAGCUGGAAAAAUUUAGAAGGGAGCCCUUUUAGCACCCAUAUAAGAUUUGUUACUCUCCUUUUAAUAAAAGCAAGCUGGUGUGAGAGCA